CUGAUAUAAUAAUAUAGUUUGAGUUUGUAGACAAGUUGUUGUAAUGUUACAAUAGCAUUUGUGGGGCUAAAAGAAGACCAAAAAAAUCUUUACUCUCUUCUCUCAUUGCACACUUUGUCACUCUUUUCACAAGCAUCUACAAGCUCUCAUAGGCCAAAGGUACCAUUUUUUUCUUCCCCUCAUUCUGCAUCAUCCACUCAUAAACCUUCUGAACCCCAUGUGACAUACAUCACACUUUUCAAUGUCCUAUUGUAGUUUGUGUUUUUACCCCCUCUCAUCAAAAUCAAUGCUCAAUCCAAGUUAAAAGCUUAACAAAAUUUUACUCUAUAGAAAAUUUUGGGAUUCUCAACAUAAUUUAAUUUAUAUACUAUGUCCUUUUACUCUCUUUUAGCACUCUUUUAGCACAUGAAUUGGUUCAAAUCCCAUAAACAAAACAUUGAGUGAUUCACUUUUGUUGUUUUGUAUAUUCAUAUUCAUUCACAUGAUGACAUGAAAUGUUUCUUUCUAUUACAUGUUUUGGUUUGUUUGUAUGUUUGUAGCUGCAGAUGAAGAAAAUCUAUAACAAAUUCAACAUCAACUAGAAGAGAAAAAAACAAGGCCACAAAAAAGAAUCAAACCCUUUAUAGUGGAUGUCAUAAUCAAGAAUUUUGAAGCAUAAACUUUAAAUCAAGUGGCAUCAAUUUGCACAUUAGAGAAAAAUAUCAGUAGAAGCAUUGUUUUGAAAAUUCUAAGGUAGAGAAACUAAUGGGAAUGAAGAGUACUGGUGGAGAAAUAGUUCAAGUUCAAGGAGGUCACAUUGUUAGAGCAACUGGCAGAAAAGAUAGACAUAGCAAGGUAUACACUGCGAAAGGCCCUCGCGAUCGGCGCGUUCGAUUAUCAGCGCAUACCGCGAUACAGUUCUACGAUGUUCAAGAUCGGCUCGGCUACGAUAGGCCGAGUAAAGCGGUUGAUUGGCUUAUCAAGAAGGCUAAGUCUGCUAUUGAUAAGCUUGAUGAGCUUCCUCCAUGGAAUCCAAUUCAAAAUGCAGCACAGGAGUUUCAAGAGGAAGAGAAUAAUAACAAUAAUGGUUUAGAAUCAAGUGAAAUGGUUGUUGCUGCAGAAAAUUCAGAAUCUUCUGGUUACAAUUUGCAGCAGAAUCAUAACCAUUCAGGUUUCAUUCAAUCAAGUAUUGAUAAUGAUGCUAUAGCGUUUUUUCCGACGAGUUCCGUUGGCGAUUCGAUGAAUUUUCAGAACUACUCUUCUGAUAUAAUCUCAAGAACAAACAAUUCAACACAGGAUCUUGGUCUUUCUCUUCAUUCAUUCCAGGACAAUUCAGGUUCUAAUGAUCAAACACUUUUUUCUGGUUCAACUCAUGUUGGAUUUGAUGGUAAUUAUCAUAGGAUUGUGAAUUGGAACAAUGAUCAUCAUGGAACAGAAACUGAUAUGAAUAUGAAUAUGAAUAUGAAUAGAACAGGUUUCAUGGUUAAUAAUUCGCCUGCGCCGUUUCUAGGCCAAGGUUCGGCCUUUUCCGCCCAUAGGGGGACCCUUCAGUCCAGUUUUUCGCCUUCGCUUCGUCCUUGGAAUGAUAUUCCAAUGGCGGAUUCGUCCGUGGAUCAUCAUAACCAGAAAUCUCAACAACAGGUUCACCAUGGUUCAAUCUUUGGUAGCAGGUUUUUGUCUGAUGCUUUGACAGGUUUCGGUAUUCCUGCUAGAAUUCAAGGAGAAGAUGGAGUUGGUUCGGACCAGCCAUCGUCGUCUUCUAAUUCUCAUCACUAAUCAGAAACAUCAACUGCAUAAUGCUGCAAUCUUUCUAUCAGGGGCAUUGUGUACUAGAUAUGAGAACAUGGGAAGAUUAUGAAGGACAGAAUGUUUGUCUGGUUGGAUUCAGUUUUUUGUAACUUUAUUUAUUUUCUGUUAUUGCAACCAUUGACAUUGGUGUUUUUUAAGCAACUGAAAGUGUGUUUACUGCUGGUUUUGAUUCACUGCUGCUAGAUAUAUACUUAAGCAUUAUGUAUUAUUUGAUGAUACUUUGCUCAAUUAAUAUAUGGAUUCCAGCUGGAUUUUGUUUUGA